AUGGCCAAGGUCGACAAAACUCUUUCAAAGGAAUACAUCAGUGAUAGCGACAGCGAUAAUGAUGGAUCAUCAGAAACUGUAACGGACGUUUUCGUUCCACCUGAAAACUAUAAGAAAUGUACACAUUUGAAAUCAUUCGUGAAGCCUAAGAACUUGAAGCAAAAAGAACUUUGGCUUAUCAAACUUCCUAAAUCUUUAGAUGUCUCUAAGCUUUCGAAAUUACCUAUUGAUUUCACAGCGGAGUCGGAAACUGGCAUCGAACAAAAAGGUAAACAUUUCUCUGUGAAGGAGGAAAUCCAACAAGAAAAUUCCACUUCUGGUGCAUCUUCUUCUUCUGAAUUGACAUUAUUGACUCCUGUAGAUAAGACAAAGUUGACCGUCGAUUCAUCUGCAUCAAGAUCAUUUGAUAAGAUCUUUACCAUAAGCGAAACUGCAAAGAUUCCAAGCAUUGAUUAUUCUAAGGUAAGAGUGGAUAGAAAGGAUGUGUUGAAGGUUAAGGGUCUCAAGACUAGACAUUUCGCAACUGGGUAUUACGAGGAUAAAGAUUUGAAGAAAGUUAGCAAAAAAAAGAGAAAGCACGACUAG